CUGAUUCCCGGCCUCAUUAACCACAUCAUCGCAAAGGAUGUGCCUUCAAACAAAUGUUUUAAGGAAAGUGGAGUAACUGUGGAGGAGGAGAUCGAACCAAAGAGAUCGUCGAAAAAAGGUCACGUACAAUGGAAUGUCCAAACCUCAGUCAUAGAGGAGGAAGACGAAACUGCAACAACUUCAGGAACGUCCUUCCAACCAACCCCUAGAAGAUCUUCGAGGCAGUUGGAGAGAGUCGAUGAAAUGAUGAUUCAACCUUUAGGAAGAGCUACGCAACAUCGGCGGAGAUCAUCAGAUUCUCCUCGGAAGGACCGUAUAGGCUCAACGGUAUCAACACAGAUGGUGACAUCCACUAAUUCCAAGAAGGGCCCUGGUGCAGUCGUCAUGAGUGACAUUCCGUCAACUUCCAAAGCCGUACGAAUGGGACGAGAUGCGACCUCAAGCGGUCGUCGUAAGAGCCCAUCUAUGAGUCCAAAUCGACUAAGCUCAGAAAAAACGAGCCAUCGGCCACGAUACUCUGUACCAGAUGCUGGACAAUCUUUGAGGUGA